CUAUAGUUGUUUUUUUAUUCUUCAAACUAUGUAUUCCAAUAUUUGUCUGUUUUGCCCUUCUGCAAAUGUUGUUUUUGGAGCCAACUCGCUGUUUGGUAGAUACAAGUCGUCGAGAAAACGCGAGCAUCGUAACUUGAAAGAUUCCCGUACUUUGACUUGUUGCAGUAGUGUACAAUAUCAUCAACGAAUACACUGUCAACUAUUGUCGGUGAAGAGUUGGUUGGAUAGAAACCCAAGUUUUAUAGAUUCACUGGAAAGUGGAACGUGGAUCAAGCUAAUCUGUGGGGCAAGCUACCAAGACCUACCUUUAAUAAGAAAUCUCAGUUUCUUAUUUACCUUAGCUGGAGUGGAUUGCAUAGAUUGUGCAGCUGAUGGUGCUGUAAUUCAUUCAGUAAAACAGGGAGUGACUGAUGCCUUGUCUUAUGCUAACCGCCUUUGUAUAUCUCUACGAAGACCUUUGAUAAUGAUCAGUGUCAAUGAUGACGAAGACCCUCAUUUUAGAAAAGCUUCGUUUGAUACAUCUAGUUGUCCUCCCAAUUGUUCGAAACCUUGCGAGAGAGUAUGUCCUGCAUCUGCAAUCAUGUUGCAAAGUGACGAAGCAGGGUUUCUCGUUCCAUUCCAUCAAGGUGUUAUUCAAAACAAAUGUUAUGGCUGUGGUAGAUGUGUUCCAGUUUGUCCGGUUCAGAAUAUUGAGACCACCUCGUUAACGAGUUGUCAUUUUUCAGUUGUAGAUAACUUAUUAAAGUCCGAGCCAAUCGAUGCAAUAGAAAUUCAUUCUCGUGCAGAGUCCAUACAACAUUUUCAACGACUGUGGGACAGUAUUGAGCCUAUUGUUCAAACCUCUCUAUCGCUUGUAUCUAUCAGUUUUCCAGAUGGUGGCAAACACUUGGAAGAGUUUCUUCGUAGUGUUGACCGAAUGAUUGUUAAAGAGCGUGCGAAAUAUCAAAUAAUUUGGCAGACAGAUGGAAGACCGAUGAGUGGAGAUAUUGGUAGAGGUACUACAUUGGCAACUGUGAAGCUUGCAAAGAAAGUUUUGCAUUUUGGUUUGAGAGGCUACAUCCAAUGUGCUGGUGGAGCCAAUAACUAUACUGUUUCCGUUUUAGAUGAACUGAACUUGAGAGCUAGAGCAGGACCAUACCACAAGCACAGUGCCGUGUCCGGGGUUGCUUUUGGGAGUUUUGUAAGAAGAAAACUGAUUGAGAUGUUUCAAGGAACCUCGCUCGACUACUCAGGCAAUGUGGAAAAUUUUCCUUGUUUUGAACAAAUAUGGGACUUCGUGUUCAACCUGACAUAUUUUCAUUCUUUUGAAUCUAUUGUAAAGCCAAUCAAAAGACCUUCUACAGAAGGUCAAAUAGACAUGAGAACAAAUAACGAAUUUUCACAUGCCAAUUGGUUUGUGAUUAUGACUGGCGUAGAUUCUAUUGGGUUUCAGUUCACUACUAUACACAAACUUGGUUCAACGAAACAUUGGUUUCAACAAAAGCAGACGAAUACAGUCAAUAAAAGUGGACUUAGAAAUGUUUUGUGUCUCUCAAAAGCAUUAAAGGAGUUGCAGCUUCCAAGACGCGUGCAGCUGGUAGCUUGUGAUGUGGACGGUACCAUCUUGAACUCCUGGAAUGAAGUUCCUGCUGCGAACAUAGAGGCUAUUAAAAAGGUAAUGAACUCUGGCAUUCCAUUUGUACUUGCAACUGGGAAGGCUCGAAAAGGAGCUUUAAACUCAGUUCUGGAGAUUAAAUCGGACUUAUCGAGGCAUGGAAUGGGUGUAUUUUUACAAGGUUUAUUUGUGACUUCUAAAGAUGGUAAAAUCUGUCAUGAGAUGGUUUUAGAUACCGAGGUUGCUUUGAAGGUUUGUGAACUGGGAAGAGAACUUGGUAUAUCCCUCGUUGGUUAUGAAAGAGACCGUAUUGUUUGUGAAACGAGAAAUGAAGAAACUGAUAAGGUCAUACCCUAUCAUGAGCCAACCCCAGAGUCUAUUGGUCCUUGGAAGGAAGCUUUAUUCAACCAAAAGACUAAACUAAACAAGAUGAUGUUUAUGGCGCCUCCUUUGCAGAUUGACCAAGUUAGACCCUAUAUAGCGAAAGUGCUUGGAAAAUGCUGUCAUAUCACCCAAGCAGUUCCUGGUAUGUUAGAAGUACUUCCAUUCGGUGCUAGCAAGGGAGAAGGCCUUAGGCGUCUUUUAUUGUCCCUCAAUAUUGAUCCAUCGGAAGUAGUUGCCAUUGGUGAUGGAGAAAACGACGUUGAAAUGUUUCAUUAUGUAGUUCAUAGCGUUGCAGUGGCAAACGCUUCACCUGCAGUCAAGGCUGCUGCUAAACACGUUACCAAGAGAACGAAUAACAACGCCGCAGUAGCAGAAGCAUUAGAAACUUUGAUUCUAAACAAUCCUUAUUUAAACUCUGAACAGGGAAGAAAGACCCAGACUGUCAAGUCAACAAGUUGAGGCUUGUCAUAUGCUUGUGUUUUUUUCUUUUGAAAGAGUAUGUACGAUGUUCAUUGGUGAAUAAUUUAAUAUAAUAAAGAAUCAUAAAUAGAAGACUUAAAGA